CUCCAUGAUAGUUUCUCUAAUUCAACUUUAUGGCCACUAUUUCAUUAUCAUCAUGGGGACACCUUCUUUCGUCAAAAAGAUUGGGAUUCAUAUAAAACUGUUAAUGAACUUUUUGCAGAUGUUAUUGAUAACUUAGUUCAAGAUGUUCAAAAACACAUUAAAACCUUUAAGAUCAAAUUUAAAGACAUUAAAAUUAUUUUUGGCGUGGACUGCUUGGAUUACACUAAAGGAGUUCCGCAAAAGUUUUACGCUUUAGACCUAUUCCUGAGUAAAAACCCUGAAUGGAUUGGUAAAGUUGUACUUGUUCAAGUAGCCAAACCUUCUCGAUUUAACACUAAAGAGCAUCAAAAUUUAUGUCAAGUUGUAAAUGAACUGCAUGGAAAAAUUAAUGGCAAGUUCAUUUCAUCAAUAAGGGAUGGUAUGUGUCUUUUGCCUUUUGAAUACAUCUCAUGUCAACAAGGUAAACAUGGAGUGUUGAUUCUUAGUGAAUUUGCGGGAGCUGCUCAAUGUUUGGAUGAUGAAUUUUCAGAUGUUAUUUAUGAAGCUGUUACGAUGCAAGAAAAAUUGCGCAAGUUAAAUUAUCAAAAGUUAUAUCGUUAUGUUACAUAUAAUACAGUCUCUUUUUGGGGAAAAAGUUUUAUCAAUGAAUUAUUGCGUGUUAAGGAUUAUAAUUCUCAAGUUGUAAUUCCACAUUUAGAGUUUACUCAAGUUAUAAAAGCAGCAAAAUCUGCUAAGAAAAGAAUAAUUCUAUUGGAUUAUGAUAAAACAUUAAUUACUACACAUAAGUCAGCAGAACAGACAUAUCCCUCAAACAUUAUUAUUUCUAUUCUUAAAACAUUGCAAGAAAAACCAAACACAUAUGUUUAUAUAUUGUCUGGUCGUAGUAGAAUUCACCUUGAUGGGUGGUUUGAAUCAACUGGAGUUGGACUAUCUGCAGAACAUGGUUGUUUUUACAAACACCCAAAGUGUUUACAAGAGAAAGUAAAUCCGACUUUGAACCAUGAACGCAGAGUUAUAAAAAAGGAAAAUAAUGGAUGGUAUAGACUUGUUAAACAGGUUGAUCCUGUAUUAAAAAAAAAAGUUUUACAUUUAUUUAAACAUUAUGUGGAAAGAUCACUCGGAACUUCUAUUGAAGAAAAAGAAAUUGGCAUAAUAUGGCAUAAUCGUUGUUCAAAUCCUGAGUUUGGUUCACGACAGACAUUAGAUUUACAAGUUAAUUUGAUGAGCCAUUUAGCUCGCAUGCCUUUAAAUAUUAUUUUGGAUGAUAAUAUUUUAGAAAUCCGAUCUUCGUUGGUUGAUCAAUCAACUGUAGUUCGAGCAAUUUUUAAAGAUUUACAAGUUCUACAAGACUAUUUUGUGCUUUGCAUUGGUGAUGAGAAACCGAAUGAGCCUGUAUUUUCUUUACUAAAAGAAAAUGAUGAAUUUAAAUCUUUAAAUUGUUUUACAAGUACUGUUGGGAAGAAACAAAAGCAAACUAAUGCAACAUUUUAUCUUGAAGAUAUUUGGGAUGUCCGAAAUUUAUUAGAAAAAUUGGCAUCAAAUUUGUCUGAUUAG